CAGACACGUGGCCGAGCAGAAGCCGUCGGUUAGAGAACGCUCGUUGUUCACCAGGGUGCGCUGUCCGACGAGGGCGUUAUCUGCUGUCACGUGAUUCCGAAAGAGCUAGCAUUUUAGCGGUCUCGGCUCCCCGGCGUCAUUCCCGAUUGCCUCUCAACCACUACCAUGCUUGGUACCGGACGGCAAGUUCUGCACCGAGCGUGCGACUCGGUCAGCGGCGUCAACUGGCGCCCGACGCGGUUCGUCGACGAGCCGGUGGCGGCUCGCUACGCCUGCUGUGUCUGCCACCUGAUUCCGACCACGACAGUCCUGCUGCCCUGUGGUCACGCCCUCUGUGACCAGUGCCAGCGAGGCUCUGUUACCCAAGAUGGCGGAAGCGUCUGUCCCCUGGACGGAGAGCCAUUCUGCGAGGACGAAUGCCAGAAGUUGCAGCUUCAAGAAAGGAGGAAGCAAAAGCUGGAGGCCCACUGCUGGAACGAAGUCCACGGCUGCGACUUCGUCGGCCCCCUGGCGGCACUCCUGGGACACUUCGAGGCAGAGUGCGCCUUCCACGUGCUUCCGUGCGAACGGUGCGGCGAGACCGUGCGGAACUCAGAGCUUGCUGCCCAUUACAUUGGCGGCUGCAGCAACGCAUUGUCGUCGGUUACGCUGGCCGAGUCAUCGCAGAAAAGCGGCACCGUCGUCACUUCCGGUGACGUCACCACAGUUGGGCGAGAAAUCGACAAGUCUGCGGCGAAUACUUGCGAGGACGCGAUGCCGGCCCUUCAGAGUCAGGUGAACGAAUUUACGGAGGCGGCCAGAAUCCAAGGCGCUCAGCUGCAGGAGUUAAACGCCGCGCUGGCGGCUAGGCUUGACUCACUCAAUGCCAACGUGGCACUGGCCGCCCAGAAAUUUUCGGAGACGAUCGGUGAGGCCUCGCAGAUGCAAAAGCGCAUGCUCGAUUGGCAAGUAGGGAUAAGUUGUCUGACUCGAAAAGGUGUGGCAGGUUCUCCUUCCGAAAGUAUGCACUUGCCGGAGGUGACGAGCACCCUUCAAAACUUGGAACACUUCGCCGGCGAGUCGCUACGAUGUCUCGAACGCUUACUCCAAGCACAAAUGAAAGAGUCCCACCCGAUCGUUCAGUUGUUCCUGCUCCCUCGAAGAAUAGACGAGCCGGUGGAAGGGUGUGCCAUGUCUAGCUUGUCAAGCUGUACAAAAGUGAACGAAACAGUCUAUCAUAUGAUUUUAUCAAAGCUGUCCAGCAAUCUAGAUGUCGCCUUUCCACCUAGGUUGCAUCGGCGAGACGUCUGGUUUAGAGUGACUUUCAACGACUAUGAGGAUAGACGCACGUGUCGGAAAAGCAUUUGCAUGACCAUCACUUGGAUUUGCAAAAAAGAAAACAUGAGCAAUCUUCCGAAAGUUGUUAGCGUAAUAAAAGUAAAUCGAGGUAAUUCCAAUAUCUUGCGUAAUUUCGGAAGCAAAGACUGGCAACAACAAUAUUGUUUGGGCGAACUGUACCAACUCGAAAAUGAAGCAUUCUGGGUAUUCGAAAUCGUUAUACACGACUAACGGACGGCAACCAACCCCACAAACAAUGAAUCAAUUUUUUAAGGGCUUGCGAGGCGCACAGGAAAGCCACCAUUGCUCUGCCCAUCGUUGAAACAAGGGCGCCUGACUGUCAAAUGUUCUUUAGCAAGGUGUGAACAAUGUGCCUAAACAUGUAUAUAUUGCUCAAAAUAGCAGUGAGAGCUUUGACCACGGGGUUCGAAGCCGUGAGGGGAAAAUGUUCCUUUUCUUCGUUGAGUCGCACCACUACAGCUACUCGCGGAUGCCGCAAUGGCCAUCACAGAAGCCGUCGGGUUAGAGCUCGCAAGCGUCGUCCAAAUCUGGCGAUGGAUGCGUUACCCACCGUGGCAGUCACGGGCAUGUCAUUGAUUCUUCGAAGAUUGGAAAACACAAUAAAGGCGCUUUUGCUGCU